AUGAGUUAUUAUUUUGCCAUUGUUGGCACUCAGGACAACCCGCUGUUUGAACAUGAGUUCGGCACCUCGAAACAGGGCGGCGACGGCCAGUCGCGCUUCAGCGAUCAAGUCCGUCAUUUGAACCAGUUCAUCUUGCAUUCAAGUCUUGAUAUCGCUGAGGAAGUGCAAUGGUCACAUGGGCAGAUGUACCUAAAGUGUAUCGACAAAUUCUUCAACAAUUACAUAUCAUGCUUCGUCACGGCCGGCAACGUCAAAUUCCUCCUCCUUCAUCAACCCAUCGUCCCGACUGGCACAUCAUCGCGAUCAUCAACCGCUAUCGGCGCCAAUCCUACCAGCCAGGCCACCGAAGAGGCCAUCAAGAUGUUCUUUACAGAGGUAUAUGAGAACUGGGUUAAGGCGAUCAUGAGUCCUUUCUAUCGUGCCAACAUGGAGGUACGUAGUCCUAUCUUUAGGACACGGGUGGCAGCAGCAGGAAGAAAAUAUCUUUAA